UACUACAGUAUAUAUCAACAGGGAGAAAAUGCCACCUGGUUUAUAUACGUUUACACGUUUAGCUCCACAAAUUCCUCUUGAAAAGAGGAUCUUCACCACUAACCACACCCCAGGCUGCGUCUUCCUGGAGAUAGAUGACAGGGCGCUGCGUCUGCUGGGCUUUCUGCCCCAGGAUCGGAUUGGCAGGUGCAUCUUGAUGUAUCUUCAUCCUGAUGAUCGGCCUCUUAUGGUUGCGGUCCAUCGUAAGGUUUUAGAAUUUUCUUGCCACCCUCCCUUUGAACACUCGCCCAUCUGGUUUUGUACUCAGAAUGGGGACUACGCCCUCCUGGAGACCAACUGGUACUUUGUGAAUCCCUGGAGCAGGAAACUUGCCUUCAUCAUUGGAUGGCACAGAGUCAGACCCUAAGCCUCGGGAUGCACCUGGGCUGGAGCUUUACUGCUAAUUUUUUUUUUUCAAAGGGUCACAGCUCACAAGGGUCCCUCUGGAAUCUUCUAGGGCCCCCCUCAGUGAAGACAUCUUUGCCGUGAGCAAUCAAAAGAUAAACAGUGCUGGAGAAGAUACUGCAGAGCUGCAAGGACAGAUCUAUCAGCUGCUUCUGCAGAGGACUUUCCAGCAAGUCAGCAGGAUGAAGAACUUAGAUCAGGAGUUGUAUGUUGAGACACACAGCAAGGCACGUGCAGCUUCUGGUUGGUUGCUCACCGUGAGUGACACUACCAACAGAGGAGGCCUACCUACAACAUCCUGCAGACGUUUGAGAAAUGGAUCCCCCAGCCUGUCCUAUCAGCAGAUAAACUGCAUGUACAGUGUUAGCAGUUAUCUAGAAAACUGCAGCAUUUCUGCACUGAAAAGGAAGUGUGAUUUCUCUGCAAAUAUUUCAUUAUCAUCUUCAGAAGAUGACGAGCAAGCCCAGUUGAUACAGAAUGAAAUACAGACCUUGAAAGGUGACUUCCCCUCCAAGCCAGCCAGAUCCGAGAGCUAGAAAAGGAAAAACAAGCAGAGCCAGUUCAAGGAGCAGAAUGUGCUGGUUUCCUCAGAUGACAGCUCAGGUUGUAAGAAUGGUGCUCAUGAGAAGAAGACGAUGGCUUGGAAGCCAUCCUGGCUCUCUCAGAAGACCCCCAGCCUAGCCCCUCUGAACAAGAUGAGCGAUGGUGGGGGCAUUUCAGAAGACCAUCUGCCUGCUCUAGAUAGCACAGGAGGGUUUUCCUUUGGGCUCUUCUCUUUUAUCUCUCCCUCUGCCUACUCUUUGAAGAGUGUCCAACACCUGUUCUAUGCUUGGGUGUCUCAUCAUCAUCCUGCCUCUUGUCCCACAACCCUGUGAGGUGGGUUGGGCUGAGAGAAACUGACUGGCCCAAAGUCAUCCAAAGGGAGAACUGGAACUCACCAUUUCUAUUCCAGCACCUUAAUCACUACCUUGAAGUCGCCUUCAAAAUGUAAAGUUAUUAACUGCUGGAUGAAUCAAGAGAAAACUCUCUUCUUACCUGGGGGCCAAGCAGAGACUUCCUCACUGGAGCUGGCCCU